CCCUUUUCUUUCUCAUGACUACAGUCUUGCUUUCACACUCCUCCAUUUCCCUUCCCUCUUCUCCAAUAUCUUCUUCAUCUUCUUUGGCCACUCCUGUCCAAAAAAUUCCAGGCCACAUUUCCAUUUCCAGGGAAGAAAAAGGAAGAACCUCCUUGUUUGAAAGAACCACUUAUUUCCUGGUUUCUUUUUUACUUUGAAAGUGUAUUUGGCCUGUACUUUCUAUAAAAGACUAGAAACCCUCUUCAUUUUUCAGUGAGUUGGUCCCAAUCUGUGGUUUAUAUCUUCUAAUUUAUCAGCUGUUGAUUUUCAACGAUGGAUUCUUUUCAAUACCCAAUAUCUAGACCCUACUCUGUUUUUUUAAAGCCCUGAAAGUGAUUGCAUUGCCAGGAAGUUGUGAUCCAUUGGCCUUAUUUUGGGUCCCAUCCGUGUACCUGCAUAAGUUUCAAUAUUCAACUCCCAUUUUUCUAUUCUUCUGUGCCAUCAAAAUUUAUUUUUUUGACUAGGCCUGUGAUGUUAUAUUCAUCGAUUUUGCCUUCCUAGUCAAAUAUAAGAUGCUCCUAUGUUUCUUUAUUUUUUAUUUGUAUUGUGGCCUAAAAGAGAACAGUUGAUACUUCUGCUGAGGUCAAGGUGGUACUCUUAGCCGGCUUCUUGAAUUAUAAUCUCCUUUCCUGCCCUUUUCAGGUACUGAAGUUCGAAUCUUUAGACCCUUCUUGAAUUUGUGGUUGCUUCAUUGUCAUUGUUUUCUGCUUGAUUAUAUCAUACAAUCCUUCAAAUUCCUAGAUUUGGUCCUGUUUUUGCCUAAUAAUCAUUGAAAUGUGAUUCACUAGCUUUGAUUUUGUGUCAAUGAUUCUUCUAGUCUUGAAGGGGUCAUUAUCUUGAAUCUCUCCUUCCGUAAGCUGCAUUAUGAUUAUUUUGAAAAUCUUGGUAGCUGCCUAAUUUUUUACUGUACCGUGCCUCCAAUGUGUAAAAUGAGGUUCAGUGGAUUUAACCUCUCCUGAUUCUUUAGGGGCUUAUUCACUAUAUUUGCUUCUUGUUUUCUUGCAUAUCUAAGCAUUUCAAGUAUGCUUGAGCAGGGCAAUUUUUUGUUCAAUUCGCCUUUCCUUCCGUGUGUCUUUUUUUGGUUCUUCCUCUUUCCUGUUGUUGCUUCACAAAUUCCCUUGGGGUCAAAGCUUUCUGUAGAGGAAAACAACUUGUGGGUUUCCCCCCGUGGUGAUUUUGCUAUUGGAUUCGUUAACCGUUCUGAUCAGCCCUAUCAGUAUAGUGUUGGGAUACGUUUCAAUUCGAAAUCUAUUCCUGUUCCCGAACAAACUGUGGUUUGGGUUGCUGGAGCUGAUGUCACUGUUGGUAACAAGUCCUAUUUCCAGCUUUCUCAAAAUGGGGAACUGGUAUUGGUUGAUUCUUUGAAGGGAGUCACUGUAUGGACCAGCAACACAAGCGAAUUAGCUGUUGUUUCGGCUCUUCUUCGUGAUGAUGGCAACCUUUUUCUAUUGAAUAGAAAGCAAGAGGUUGUUUGGCAAAGCUUUGAUAAUCCAUCCGACACGCUUCUUCCAGGCCAGAAUUUACCUGUUCAUAAAACACUAAGAGCAGCAAGCAGAAAUUCUGUUUCAAGUUAUUACAGUCUUUACAUGAAUGCUUCAGGUCAGUUACAGCUAAAGUGGGAAAGUGAUGUCAUUUACUGGUCUAGUUACUGGUCCAGAGGAAAUCCAUCAAGUUCGAAUCUUGGUGCUGUCCUUACCUCUGGUGGAGUCCUGCGACUUGUGGACCACAAUCAGGAACCCGUUUGGUCUGUUUUUGGGGAAGACCACAAUGACAGUGUAAAUUAUCGGUUACUUAAAUUAGACAUUGAUGGUAAUCUGCGGAUGUACUCAUGGGUAGAAGCUACAGCGUCAUGGAGAUCAGUUUGGCAAGCUGUUGAAAAUCAGUGCAAUGUUUUUGCAACCUGUGGCGAGCAUGGCAUCUGUGUUUUCAAUGCAUCGGGAUCUCCCGAAUGCCAAUGCCCUUUCAAGACAACAUCUUCUCCCAGCUCGAAAUGUUUUGCACUGAAUUGUGAAUCUAAUUACAGUAUGGAUACUUAUGAGCAUACUUUUCUGUAUGGGAUUUAUCCACCAAAUGAAUCAAUCACCAUUACUAGUUUACAGCAAUGUAAAGAGUUGUGCAUACAGGACCCGGCCUGUACAGCUGCAACCUUCACAAAUGACGGAACUGCUCAGUGCCGAAUGAAGACAAGUCCAUACUUCUCUGGGCAUCAAAACCCCUCUUUAAGUUCGAUAUCUUUUGUUAAGAAAUGCUCAGACCCCAUAGCAGUUAAUCCCCAUGCCUUUAGAUCUUCUCCAGCACAAUCUCCUGUCAAACGGUCUCAUGGGUUGUGCAUUUCUUGUCUAAUUGGAGCAGCCUCUGGCACAUUUGUUUUGUUUGCUAUUGUUCAGAUAGGAAUCGGCUACUUCAUCUAUAGAAGAAGAUAUCAGAUUUUGAGGAAAGCUGCUUCAGCUUACCCGGGCUGGAACUCGAAGGGUUUGAUGAUGUUACCAUUUACAGAAAUCAAGGACAUCACAGGGAAUUUCAAGCACCAGAUAGGGCCAGGUAUGUAUAGAGGUGAGCUUCCAAACCAUCAGCCAGUAGCAGUCAAAGACCUUGAAAACGCUAUUGAAGAAAGGAAGUUUCGAGCUGUUGUUUCAAAGAUAGGAAGUAUACAUCACAAAAACCUGGUGAGGCUUGAUGGCUAUUGUUUUGAGUUAGGUCAUAGAUAUCUGGUCUAUGAAUACGUCAAAAACGGUUCUGUGGAUAAAUAUAUAGAAGACGAUGAGUUGAGUCAGAGACUGACUUGGAAAAGGAGAGUUGACAUAUGCAUAACUGUGGCAAGGGCCAUUUGUUAUCUGCAUACAGGAUGCAGGGAGUUUAUAAGCCACGGGAAUUUGAAAUGUUCAAAUGUAGUCCUGGAUAAAAAUUACGAGCCCAAGGUCAGUGAAUUCGGGUUGGGAACAGCUCAUCUCGAGGCAUCAUAUGGUGGGGAGAAAGAUGUGGAGGAUUUUGGCAAGAUGGUGCUGAUAUUGAUAACCGGGCGUCCAGAAGUCCAGGAUGCCUGGGAAUGGAUCUAUGAGGAAUGGAUCCAGCGGCGUCUAGAGGGGGUGGUUGAUAAAAGACUUGACGCCGGGGUGGAUUUAAAGGAGCUAGAGCGACUGUUACGAAUUGCAUUUUGGUGUCUUCAAACAAAUGAACAUAUGAGACCUUCGAUGGGUGAGGUGGUGAAGGUAUUGGAAGGCACAUUAACCGUUGAUCCCCCGCCGCCUCCUUUCAGCCAUAGGUUAUCAGAAGAAGAGUCCUUGGAGUCAGGCUCCAAACCUCCAAGUCCAGUGGAACCAUGAAGAUCAGUCAAAACCUUUUCCACUAUAAUUUGUAUAGUAGAACUAACACUGCAUGGUGGUACAAUUUAGCACUUCCCUUGAUACACACCUGCUUCCCCCAACUGCAUGAACAUCGAUUCUGUAAGAAGAAAGUUCCAUUGAGAUCUAGUUGAAAUUAAAAUGCAACUUCAUAUGCAUUCUGGGAUGCCAUAUUUGCAAUGUGAACUUUGAUUCGGAUGCAAUUGAUGUAAUGGCUAAUGCUUUUUUUUUUUA